CCUAAAGAAACAAGCACCUUCAUGCUCCUCUCCAUAAUUUCAUAAAAUUAUCGAUAACAUUUAUUUCAAUUAUAUAUAAACAGGGGUCGUAUGCCAUUCUUGUAGAAGAAAUUGUUCGUCUCAUGGUUAACACCAACUAAAUUUAUUUAUUUCGAUUUGAUAAGAGUAUUUUUUGAAUAAAAAUUUAGUGAAGGAGAUGUAUCAUUUUGGCUUAAUGAGAUACGCAUGCAAAAAGACUCUGUGAAAGGAGAUGCAUGACUCGCUCCACCACUCUUCCCAAAUACUUCGCCACAGGAUGAGGUGGUGACAGUUGAUCAAACUCCUAUUUCUUCUUCGUCGUUUCAUCUCUCUCUCUUUCUCUCGCAAGAAAGAAAAUGGCUGAUGAGGAGAGGCAAAAUUAUGCUUCAAUUCCUCUAGUUUCAAGGUUGGAUCGCCUGGAUUUUAUGAUGAAGUAUAUUGAGGGGAAACAGAAUAUAUCAAGUUGCAGCAGCCACAAAUUGGUGAAGAGAAAAUGCCAACCAGUGGAGAUGGCAGUGAAGGAGGCUCACUCCAGAGGCUCGUUGCUGGAUAGGAUCGCAUUUCUUGAAGAUCAACUCAUUCGGAAUCAUUUCAAAUGGAAAGCAAAACUACUGGGACUAAAAGUAUAUGUUGAUUAUUGUGAGUAUUUACAGUUGAGGUUGAAGAUUGAAUCUGGCAAUCAAUCUUCGAAAGUGGAGAAUUCUUCUAGCCAUGCACCUAAAACGAAUCUGUCUUGUUCAUUCCCCACUUUCAGCAACCCAAAUCCUGGGAACAGCCGAAAUCAUCCUGUUCACACCAAAAGCUUUGACUCCCAGGGCAAACAUCAGAGACAGCAGAAGAGGCCAAAGCAACCAAGGUCAAUGCAGCAGCAGCACUGUGGGAAAAAAGAUGGCAAGAAAUCCACUAGUGUAAAGAAAGGCGCCCCUCCCAGCUGGACACACUUUAAGGUAUUGGGUUGCUAGCUAGAGAAUUGUCCCGUUCCUCCUGGCUUAUCCUACCAAAUUCCUAGGAAUACUUAAUCAGAUUGUUGGAUGUUAAAAUUUCAUUUCUAUGACUCCGUUCCAAUUUUCAAGUCCCCUUUUUGUUUUAGGCAAAGUUCUUUUGGCAUAGAAAAUGGACUGCCAAAAAAAGAAAAUAAAGCUAAACAGAAGAUCUUCACGA